GCUACCGCAGGCACAGCUCGCCCCCGGCGCUCGCCCGGCAAGAGCGCCCCACCGCGGCCUCCCGGAGACCCUCCCCGGCCCCGGCGGAGCGAGCGACGGUGGCGGAGGGCUGGCGCCGCGGCUGAGGCAUGGCCGCUGGGGCCGCGGUGCGCAAGGCGGCGCCGGUGCUGGAGGCGCCUCCCCGGCACGAGCAGAUCUCUCACAAAAAGCUUUCUGCGGAUGAUGAGUGGAACCUGCAGCAGGAGACGAUGUACAGGACGCACCGGGGCCAUGAGUCCAUGCACGUGGAGAUGAUCUUGAUCUUCCUCUGCACCCUGGUCAUCGCGCAGAUAGCGCUGGUACAGUGGAGACAGAGGCAUGGCCGUUCCUACAAUCUGGUGACACUGUUGCAGAUGUGGGUUGUCCCUCUCUAUUUCACGAUAAAACUUUUCUGGUGGCGGUUUCUGUCUAUGUGGGGAAUGUUCUCAGUUAUUACCAGUUACAUCCUCUUCAGAGCUACCCGAAAACCCCUCUCAGGGAGAACACCACGAUUGGUCUACAAAUGGUUUCUCCUAAUCUACAAACUCAGCUAUGCACUUGGCGUUGUGGGUUAUUUGGCUAUCAUGUUUACGGUGUGUGGAUUCAAUUUAUUUUUCAAAAUCAAGGCUAGAGAUUCCAUGGAUUUUGGCAUCGUAUCCUUGUUCUAUGGCCUCUACUAUGGCGUAAUGGGGAGAGACUUCGCAGAGAUCUGUUCGGAUUACAUGGCUUCUACGAUAGGGUGCUCUGUGCAUUUGCCCGACAGUUCUACAGCGUCAGCGGGAUGCCCACGAGGAGCUUGUCAGACGAUGUCUGCGCCGUCUGUGGGCAGAAGAUCAUUGUGGAGCUCGAUGAAGAAGGGCUCAUUGAAAACACCUACCAGCUCUCAUGCAAUCACGUCUUACCAGUCACAAUCCAGACCAACGGAGCAGAAGCUUGCCUGAGGAGCAGGUAAGGACAUUUUUGUCCAAUCCUGGGGCAGUCCCUGGUGGUUCGGGGACUGGAACACUGAUGUGGCAUCCCUACUCUGACCAUGAAAGCUGGGCGGCUCCCGCUUAUCUGUAAGAUUUUGAAUCCAAAUCCUAACCUUGCUCGGUUCCAUCCGUGCCUCUAAAAGUAAUUCCAAAAACAGUCUUAGAUUGGCUUUUUUCAUUGCCACAGAAACUAGUGAAGAAUGUUUAUAAAGGAAACAAACUACCUUUUAAAAAUUAAGCUGCCUUAAUAUCCAUACAGUACAUUUUAUAUUCAUAAUUAAUUUGAUCUUCACAAAUUAAGGCUGAGAAAGAAUUCUUGCUUCUCUUUCACACAGGAGGAAAUGCCAUGCAAAUUGUGGCAGAACUGAGAUUUGAAAUGAGAAUGGAACCCUAAAUCCAGGGUUGUUUCUCUUGCCCUGUUCCACAUCCCUAAUCCUCAUGAAAGUUUCCAAUAUCAGGCAAACUUAAUGGGCAUGAAUGUGAACUUGAGAGGGUGGAGUCCGGUUUUCUCUACAGGUUACUGACUAUAUGGAUAUUUCUCUCUAUCCCUAAUGAUCCAGGCUCUGCGUUUCCCUGAGAAGACUUUCUUCUUACUAUAAAAUCCCCACCCACCUCUCUUCCUCAUGAGUUCUCAAUUGUGUACCUAAGAAAACUUCUUUCUAGUAUUUUCCCCCGAAUCUAAAAAAAACCUCUGUUCUUUCUCUACAUGUCUUUAGUUGAGCUGCCUAGAUUGAUGUCAUUGCUUUGUAAUCCCAAAGCCAAUUAGAAUGUUCUGGCAAAGUCAGGUAGAAAUCAUUUAUUUACCCACAAAUUAUUACCAGUGUCAUCUAUGUACAAUAUGCAUAAAUGUUUUCAAAGCACUUUCAAAUAUAUCUUUUCAUCUGAAUCUGAUAAUAACACGUGAAAUAAAUUGUUCUGUUAUUAUUACACCUUCAGCUCAAGUGACUGGAGAAUUUGUCUCAAGUCUCAUGGCUCACAGCUAGGUGCAAACCCAGAUUAGACUCAAGACUCCUUAGUCAGUCUGCUUUUUGUUUGGC